AUGGGGCUGGAAGUGCAGCCGAUUGCCCCCUCGAAGCCUCCCCUCUCCAAGCUGAGGAAAGUUCGCAAGAGGCGGGAGAUGCUGCUUCAACAGCUCGGCUUCAUUUGCGCCAUCCUAUUCUUCGUCUGGUGCUUGUCUACCCUGCUUUCCAAGCUAGGACAAGAGUCAGCUAUUCUUGACAAAAAUCUCCUGUCAGAAUUAUGGAGGAAUAGGAGAUUGAUGGCAUCAAACGACUCACAUGAAGAAAAGAACUGCACGGAGCCAGCCAUUCAUGAAUUUCCUGAUGAUUUAUUCACAAAUAAGGAAAGGCAGCAAGGAGCGAUACUGCUUCACAUUCUUGGUGCUCUGUAUAUGUUCUAUGCCUUGGCUAUUGUAUGUGAUGAUUUCUUUGUACCAUCUUUAGAGAAAAUUUGUGAGAAACUACAUCUGAGUGAAGAUGUUGCAGGAGCCACAUUUAUGGCUGCAGGAAGCUCAACCCCAGAAUUAUUUGCAUCUGUCAUAGGUGUGUUUAUCACUCAUGGUGAUGUAGGAGUUGGAACCAUUGUUGGUUCAGCAGUUUUCAAUAUCCUCUGUAUCAUUGGUGUCUGUGGGAUUUUUGCUGGACAGGUGGUCCGUCUUACCUGGUGGUCUGUGUUCAGGGAUUCCGUCUACUACACACUGUCAGUGAUUGUACUUAUCGUGUUUAUAUAUGAUGAGAAAAUUGUAUGGUGGGAAAGCCUUAUACUCAUCAUUAUGUACUCAGUCUAUAUACUUAUCAUGAAGUAUAAUGUGAAGAUGCAGAAGUUCUUUACUAUCAAAAGCAUGAAUGUUGGGAACGGCAACACUGUCAACAGCGAACUGGAAGAUGGUAAUGAAUCUUAUGACAUUUGCUGUGAUGACCCAUCAAUGCCAUUGCUGUGGAAAGUGAAGGGAACGCAGCAGUAUGGCCGAAAUUCUGUGGUGAUGGUCGAUGAGAUCAUUUGUUCCAGUCCUCCAAAAUUCCGUUUUCCUGAAGCUGGCUUGCGAAUAAUGAUCACGAAUAAAUUUGGACCAAGGACCAGGUUACGGAUGGCAAGCAGGCUGAUUAUUAAUGAGCGUCAGCGACUAAUCCAGUCGGCCAACGGCAAACUGAUCCAGAAUGGGAAACAUGAGAAUAUUGAAAAUGGGGCCAUUCAUGUUGAUAACCAAGAAGAAGAGGAUGGUCAUAACAACCUGUCUCCGUUUUCGCCGCCAGAAGGAAAAAUGGACAAAGUCAAAUGGAUUCUGACAUGGCCAUUGAUAUUGCUCCUCUUUUUCACCAUCCCAAACUGCAGCAAACCACGUUGGGAGAAUCUUUUCAUGCUGACGUUCAUCUUAUCCACUCUAUGGAUUGCUGUGUUUUCCUACUUUAUGGUGUGGCUGGUUACAGUGAUUGGAUACACCCUGGGGAUCCCUGAUGUUAUCAUGGGCAUUACCUUCCUAGCUGCAGGAACCAGUGUACCGGACUGCAUGGCCAGUUUAAUAGUAGCAAGACAAGGCCUUGGUGACAUGGCAGUGUCCAAUACGAUUGGCAGUAAUGUAUUUGACAUCCUUGUGGGCCUUGGACUCCCAUGGGGCUUACAGACGAUGGUGAUUGACUAUGGCUCUAAUGUUAAGAUAAACAGCAAAGGACUCGUCUAUUCUGUUGUGCUUCUCCUGGGAUCUGUAGCUCUUACUGUGGGUGGAAUCCACUUAAAUAAAUGGAAGCUUGACAAGAAGCUGGGCAUCUACGUUCUCAUCCUUUACGCCAUCUUCCUGUGUUUCUCGAUACUGAUAGAGUUUAACGUUUUCACUUUUGUCAACUUUCCGAUGUGCCGAGAAGAUGACUGAAACCAGCUGCCAAUGGAAAUCACCUGAAUCCAUUGUGACACACACGACAGGAGACAUUUUACUUUUCUACCUGCUUCUUAUCCAAAAUCUGAGGGUCUUUCCUGCUUCAUCACCUUACAGCACUUUUCCUGUCCUUGGAAAGAAAACAAGGAGGUCCUUUAAAUAACAUUCUCAAGGCAACCAAAGGAUGUUCUUCUUCAUCUUCUUCCUCUUUGGAUAUUGCUGCUUUGUCAUGCAGCUUUGUGGAUCUCAUACAGAACUCACAAAAGCUGAGCGGUAUCCUGUUGUGGUUUCCCGUCUUCUUUAGGCAGGCAAUUGUCCAUCAACAUAUGGUUUAAUAUGAAGACUGGGGGAAACUGCACCUCCCUUUUUUAUUUAUGGCUUUCCAAAUAAGAGGAAAGGAGAGUGGUUCAAGAUUUUAUCUUGUCUUGUUUAAAGCAUCUCAGCCAAUGGGCUCUAAUGCACUUACUAUGUAACAUGCACUACUAAAGACCUUCCUUUCUCCCUUUCAAGUGCUCUGUUUAUAGAGAAGUUUCAUUGACACUGAGGAGUCUUUGGUGGUGCUCAGUAGUACUUUGUCGCUCUUUUUUAUUUCAAAAAAGACUUGAAAGACACAAGAACAAUUCCACCAAGGCAGAGGAGGAAACAGAUAAUGCAGCACUUCUGAAGAUGUAAGCUAAAAAUGAUGGAACCUGAAAUAUUGCAAACUGGAUACCCAUACUUGAAGAAGAAGAAGAAAUGAUUCUAAAAUCAGUGAGGAACAAUUUCAGAUAUCAAGCAUGACUAUACAUAUUGAGCUUGGUCAAAACUUGUGCCGGCACUGGUAAGCAUAUUCCCACAAUUUUAGAGGAAAACUGAAAAACCGGAAUCAUGGGUGCUCCAUAACUAGCUGUGAAGGUUGUCAUCUGAAAUCUUCAGUCCAAAUGCCUUCCAGAUCUUAAUACAUACAUGAGGGAUUUGGAGGUGUUUUCAUUCUCAUCCUAAAUAUAUCUGCUCUAAAAUGGCUGCAUAAUCCCCCCUUUUUGUUGUUGCUCUCUUUCAAGGGCCCACCUUCACCAUCCUGAAUGUGAAUUGGAAUGUGAGGUGAGCUUGAGUGCAAGGCGAAACAGUUGCUCGAUGGCUUUGCUGUGUACCCUAGCCCUCUUUUAAAACAGGCUCACAUUUUAGCAAAGGCUUCAGAGAGAUGUUCGGUAGAAACAUAAUUUUUUAAAAAUUAUGCUUUGCAAAAUUGGGACCUGAGCACACAUCUGAACAAUCACAAAAUGCCAUGACUGUGUACAUAGAUGCACUUUUUGAGUCCAGCUUAGACCAUAGGCUAAGUCUGCCCAGUCAGCACCGUGAAGCUUGUUAUCAACUGAGAUUGUCCAGACCUUGAAGUGCACAAUCCCUCUGUCCAGCAAAGCCAUUGAUAAGCCGAGCAUUUGGGCAGUCAUAUGGAGGGAAAUGAGGGUUACCACUAACUACGCAUUUGUGACUUUGCUGCUGUACGAUGCUCAGCACUUUGCAGGAUGGAUUCUCAAUUGCACCAAGUGUAUAUUGAAAACUAUCGUUGUCUUGAUGUACAUACAAGAGGUUUUUGCACAGCAUGAUUGACUUCCCAGCUGAAUGUAUUUGUAACCCCUUAGGGCCAUGAUCUUUCCAUUGCACCAGCAUAUGUUGCAAUGAAAUAGGUCUGGACUUUUAUGGGCAUGACUGAGAAGAGAACCUGACCCAUUCAGUAUAAAAUUGUGGGUGGCUUUGAAUGUUACCACAGUCUGGGAGUGGGGGCAUGGGCAGAGUGAGUUCCUCACGAGUCCUGUUUUUGUUCUUCUUGCUGAAGAAGAUUUUGCUGUUUUUGCUCUUCUUGCUGAAGCAAAGAUUCUUGCACCUCCAGCAUGAGACAUGUCAGCUCUACUCUCAUCUAGAGUUCAUGUGCCUCUCUGUGAGAAACAUGCAAAAGACCCUCCACUUUGGGCCUUUAUCAAGCAGCACUUGUACUUUGUGACUUUCAUUGCAUGGGCAACAUCCAGAGUGGUUCUCUCUCAUGUGACAUGCUGUUAUGGUGAUCCCAAUAAGAUUCACCAGAAGCACUGGCACAUUUUAAUACUGUCCCUUAACUCCAAAAUAAUGUAUUGGAAAGUUCCGAGUGAACACAGAGAGUUUCUACAGAAGCACAAGUUACCUUUAUACAUAGCUUUUUAUUUUUUUAACAUAUAUAGCAAAAUGAAAUAUAUAUUGAAUGGCUAAAUAAUUUUGUGGAUUUAAAAAUGCAUUAUAUUUUUGCAUGCAGAGCUAUUUGGCAGAAUUCCCACAAUAACUGCAUUGACAACAGAAUACUGUAGGAAGCAAACAGGUUUUCUCAAGGGACUUGAAAAUUGCUUUAAUUAUCACCUGCAGUCUUUGCUAGGGACACUAAUAUUCCAGCUAACAAGCAAUCCCUCUGACCACAAAUGAAUCUUCUCCCAUUGUAACAGUCCCCCAGCCCCAUACAAGCCAAUGAAAAAUAGGGCAUUCUCUUCCUUGACCUAGUCUCAGUUUUACCCCUUACUGCCCAGUUCACAGUAGCCACAGAGAUGCCAGUUCAGGAGCCAUUGAAGCACUUCUGGAGAAGCCAAAAUGUAAAAAGAGCCUGCCUCAAAAGUAUACAGUUGCUCUAUAGUAAAGAUGGAGGAUGAAUAGUGUGCUUCCAAUAUAACCCUUUUGCUCACAGGAAACAUAUAAAGCACAUCAAGUGUGAAAUGUUGUUGAAAUCUUAUUUUCUGCUCUACUGUCAACAGAUUUUUUUUAAAUGAACAUAAAAACCUGUUUUAAAGGACUGGUUCACAAAUGCGUAUUUCAUUGCUUGAUGAAUGCAGCACCAGAUCUAAAUAGGGUGUAACUUUUACAUUCCCUCUCCUCAAACACAGAGCUUCUGAAGAGAAUCGGGUCACACUUGGCUGUUUCACACUUUACAUGGAGGCAGAGCUGGGUUUUCUAAUGAGUGUACACUCAACAGGGAACAGUUCCUGGCUCUCUGUUAGGUGUUGAGUGUACAAUGCAAUGUGUUUGCACACAGGUGGCUGCUGUCUUAGUGACACUUGGCUGUCUCCUUCACACCUCGAUCUUAGGUAUUACACCUAAAAAUGUUAUUUGUGAAAUAGCUCACAUACAGCAGCAACUGGUCCAAGUGAUGAGUAAUCAGAGUUAUGUACAUAUAUAUGUGAACUAGUACAGAGGUAUUCACACAUCCAUACAAACAUUAGGAAGGAAGCUAAAAGGCAUGUUAGUGUCACUUGUGCAAAUGUUCAUACAGCCUAAGUUCUGUCAAUGCAUUAUUCAUCUGGAUUGCACAGAACUGGCGAUUCCAUUCAAAGCAUGAUUGUACACAGGCAGUUUUUCACUCUGCAGUACAGGAAAUCUUUUUUCCUUAAAACAGUUUGCUUCACUCUUAGUUGGCGUGAGGAAUUCAGCUAAUUUUGAAAAGAGUUUUAUGCAAAGGAAAAAAUAUUUGUUAAUCUCCUUGUGUCCUUUGCAGCAAAUAUCAGUAUUAACCAAGCUGGCAACCCAAUCCCACAAAUUGGCUUUAGCUGCCAUAAUUGAAUCAGUCGUUUGCACCAUAAAAGCUGAAAUUGCCCUCAUCUGAUUCUUGGUGCAUGGGGGGAUAGAAAUGUGUUUUGCCCCAUAUGCUUGGGGAAAAAACCCAGAUGGUAGUCUGUGUCUUUUCCUGCCUCUGGAGCCAAUGAACAGCCUGUUGAAUCCUGCUUAAGAUGGGCACCUGGCCCUUCCCCUGCCGCCAUGUCCUGCCCCACCAUGGCAAAGAGGAAGUGGAAGAGCAUCAGUGAAGCCAUGCUGAUUACUGCUGCUGCUGCUAUGCCAACACUUGGGUUGGGGUUGUAUUCCUGGGCCCGCACAAGAGGACAGAUUGUCCCCAUAAGCUGGCUGUGGGACUUGCGUGUCUAUGUGACUGAAUCACUGCAGAGGCUUAUAUGAUGAAGCUGUUAAAUCCCCCCCACCCCUUCUCAGACUGGAUCAAUCUAUCACAUUAGUCCUGCUUGGAUGUUAUGUGCCUGCAAACCAAGUAUCAGCUAAGCCCCAUUCCCUCCACCCCCAGGUGCCAGCAUGCUCCAUGUCCAGUCCACAUACACCCACUCUCCCCAGGCACAGCAUCUGUGCUCUAUCCGGGGAAAACGUCUGACAUGCUGCACAAAGUUCUCUGUGUGUUGUAAUGGGACAUGCACACAGUUGCACCAGAGAGUUCUGGCACAAACCAUUGGAAAUGAUGGCUGCACUACCACACAACUGCAUUUAUACAAUUUUUGUGUUCAUGCGAGAGUGCUCUUGUGCAGUUGUGCACACAUUCCAUUACAACACACACAGGGAAUUGUGCACAGUAUAUCAGCCAGCUUCUCUCCAUGAGCAGGAACACUGGGUGCCCAGGCUAAGCACAGCAAACCAUACCAGUAGGAUACGGAGGGCUUGCUUAUAUGUUAGGCAGGCACAACCUGUAUGGUACAGCCUUGUAGAGUACAGGUAUCUUUUCAUUAGAGAGAACUUCUGUGUGACAUAUAAGCAAGGGGUACCUUAAAACCACUGCCCUCACAUUCUGGGAACAGCACAAUCUAGGCUUAGGCGGGCCUGCAAACACACAUUAUAUAGGAAACGGUGUUGUGGUCCUGCUCUCAUCAUCCCAGAGAAGGAAAGGUGUAUGAUGGUAUCAGAACUCCCUUCCCUUCUUGCUCUUCCUUUGCUUCAGGGCCCAAUAACUCACCACCAGACCAAAACUGGUGGUGAAUAUCAUUUCUUUGGUGGACAAAUAUCAUUUCUUGAUCAUUCUCAUGGCAAAUAGAAUGAAACCUAACUGCACUUUAACGAAGUUGAGAUUUGGAGUCCAUAAUCCAGAGCUCAGUUUCUGGUCUCCUCCUAGGCUAUCUAUUAUAUGUCUGCUUAUUCUUUGGCAGAUACCAAAACAAUCAAUCUGAUAAAAAGACACCUUACUUGAUAUUUGUCUACUGUACAAAAUAUAUAUGUACACACACACACACGUAAGCACACACAAUUUGCCAAAGAAUGUUGUAUACACUUUAUAUGAGGGCCGUGAUGACAAUCACAUACAGCCAUUUGUGCUUCAGAUUCCCAUAAUUCACAAUCCAUGUGCAAUAGCCCCUAGGCAGGCUGUCUGAAAAAGACUGGGUGUUUAACUGAUUGCCACGUUGGUACAAGUCCCAGAACCUCCUAUAUUUUUGCAAUAUCUUGCCAAGAAUCUCCAAGUUGAUAUCAAUCUUGUGCCUUUUGUUUGCUUCUGAAACAAAUUUGCUCAAGUGAUCUGCAGGGGGAAAUCCAUUUUUUAUUCCCCCCGCCCCUGCUCCAAUUAAUUCAACACCCAGGGAUUUAUGUGCACCUUCCCUUGCGAACUCUUUGGAUCUUGCUCAACAUCCCCUAAAUACUAUGUGUGUAAAUUGGCUGUGUUUACUACGGAACAUUAGCCAAGUCUUGAGUUAUGUUGACUGUAUAGAAGUUGCAUAGCUUCUGAGCUAGAUGCGAGGAAAGGCUCAUGACUAUGAUACCAAAGUGAUCAAUAGAUUAAAAACUUCUUUGUUUUGGAAUGUAUGCUGGAUACAUGUGUGUAAGAUGGAUGAAAUGCUGACCAUUAGCAAUGAAAUCCUCAAAAGACUGAUUCAUAAACCUGUAAACGUAGCAGAAUUAGCUUAAGGUGCCCACUCGCUUUAUGACAUAAUAUAUCCAACUCUGAUAGGCAACAUGGUGUCAUAAUGUCAUGUUUACAAUGUCAUCAUUGAAGAGCCCCUGGUGGCGCAGUGGUAAAACUGCCGCCCUGUAACCAGAAGCUUACAAGUUCGAUCCUGACCAGGGACUCAAGGUUGACUCAGCUUUCCAUCCUUCCGAGGUUGGUAAAAUGAGUACCCAGAAUGUUGGGGGCAAUAUGCUAAAUCAUUGUAAACCGCUUAGAGAGCUCUGGCUAUAGAGCGGUAUAUAAAUGUAAAUGCUAUUGCUAUUGCUAUCAAUUGGCUAGGUCAUACUACUGGGAAGACAAUCCCUGUUCCCAAAUGAAGGCACUUAGCUUAGUUGAAAAAGCUAAGCUUAUGCUUUGCGGAAAAGUGGGGAGCAUAUCUUUCAAGGAGAGCCCCUAGUUUGGAGAGGGCCCCACAACCCAGCUUUGCUUUGUGUGUAAAAAGUAUUCAUAUACAUGCUAUAAGCCAGGGAUAGGCAACCUUGACUCUCCAGAUGAUGUUGAAUUACAACUCCCAGCAUCCCUAGCCACAAUAAAUUGUGACUGGGGGUGAUGGGAGUUGUAGUUCAAGAACAUCUGGAGAGCCAAGGUUGCCUACUCCUGCUAAAGACUAUAUAUGUGAGCAUUCUUCAAAAGAAAAAAAUGCACUCAACCACUCAUUCACCUCUCCAUCUGUGAAGUAAUCUGGUUUACCUUGAUCAUACUGCACUGUAAAUGAAAAUGAGUCAUCUUUGGAGUUUGCUAACCUGCACGUCUUCCUAAAUACUUCAGUUGACCAAGUAUGAAACCGUUGCAAUGUUUACUGGGGUGCAGGGCAGGUAAAAGGGAUGAGUUCCUCUAAAGGAAUGUUCAGCAAGAUUGCAGACCACAAGCAGAUGGCAGACCCAUUAUCCACUGCAGAGCAGUUUCGUACUGGGGCGGCUAGGGCUGGAGAGAAGUAAGAAUUUUUUCUGAGAGUUGAAGGUAGUUUAAAAGGAGGCCACUUGUGGUGUGUAUACCCUUCUCUUUUGUCUCCAGGAAACAGGCUUCUAAGAUUUGAGAAGCUUUUUAUUUUAUAAACUGUAAAGCUUGUUUGAUCAUAAGGAACAGGGGGACGAGAAAGAUACAAAUUAUGCCAUGGGAAGUAAUGUUGCUCUUAGAUCCCUUUCAGCUCCCUUAAAAAUGAUUUCCAGCCAUCUACAACUCUCUCCACAUGAGAGCAGAAUGCUGUAUGGUUGGUUUGGUGGUGUGUGUGUUUUUAAAGCUUUUGCAUUGACCCUGAUCCUGCAGUGGGUAUCUGCACUUCAUAUUCCGACAACAGGGAGUACUAACUGAAUAGAUACUGCAAGAUCAGGUUCUGGGAUUGCUGUUUUGCUUCGCUUUGUGUGUUUUUUUUUAAUUGGUAUGUCAGAGCUAGUUUUGUGUUUAUUUUUAUGACUGUAUGAUGGCCCAAGCUCUGAUCUUGAGUUGUGAGCCAGCUAGGAAGGCUGUCUGCUUUCCUCUUUCCCUUUGGACCAACAUCUCUCUUUGUGCCAAGUUUCAUUUGUGUGUCUGUUAUUUCUUACAUCCACUGCAGCUGUGACAAAUAGCUAGUUUUUCAACAGUGGAUUUUUAUUUAUUAUCCUUCAAUAACUGUUAAACAAAACAAAACAGAAGCCCUGUUUCCCCCCUCAGAGUCAUUUUUAUAUUGAUAAUUGUACAUACAGUUGCAUUCAUCUCACCAAAUUCCAUUGUGAAUGUUUGUAAAAAAUUAGCCCUCUGAAUCCUUCCGUUUUCACAACCUCCUGUCAUUUUCUAUCAAGAAGUUCUCCCUUGAUUGCUUGGAACUGUGUAUGUCGAUAUUAAAGAUUAGGUUAAGAAUAUAAGAACAGUCCUGCUGGAUCAAGGCCCAUCUAAUCCAGCAUCCUGCUUCACACAGUGGCCCAUCAGAUGCCUCUGGGGAGCCCACAGGCAAGAGGUAUGUGCAUGCCCUCUCUCCUGCUGUUGCUCCCCUGCAACUGGUAUUGAGAGGCAUCAUGCCUCUGAGGCUGGCCUAGGUUGUUUCAACAGAGUUUGGACUGAGUUUAUUGUAAAUGCUGCCUGAAUGUUUAUGCUAAGGUAGGAAGUCAAAAUGUCAAAUACAAGGUUGUUUUAAAGCAGACAGUGAAUGAUGUUUGUGCCCGUGUGAAACCAAAGACUUUUGCUAUUAAAUAUUGCAGCACCUUAAAAUCCACCAUUUUAUAUAGGAAGGCCUCUUUUGCUGCUUGGUAUUCAGACAAUCCCAAAUUGCGUGCAAUGUGUCCAUACUUCCAUUUGAGAUUUUGCAAACUAGCCUUUGCUGAACAUGGUAGGGUUUAGAACAGAGGCUGGCCAUUGUGACAAGGGAUGAUGGCAGUUGUAGUCCAACAUCUGAGGACCCAAAUUUGAGAACCCCUGGUUUAGAAAUGUAUUCUUCUGUACAGAAACCCUGUGUACUAUUGAAUCUGAACAGAGCAAGCAACCCCUGGCUUCUAAAAAUCAUUGCCCUGCAAAUUGGCAGUGUACAUAGCUCAGUUACAAGUUUCACAUCCUUUUUUAAAAGGCCACUUCAGAUUUUCCAACUUUCUGUCAUCAGAAAAUCCUUUGUGCAUCAAUUUUCAACCAAGGACCUGCAAUGCAUUGCAAAGGAUUCUGGGGAUAGUGAAGGGGUAUAUGAGGCACUGGGGUGCUGGGCUUGCACCCCAGAACUAAGGCUGAGCCAAAUGAUUUCAAUUGAGAACUUCGCACACCUUUCCCCCCAUGUUCUCCCUGCCACACAGUCUGUUUUGUAGUUCGACACCCAUAUUGGUGAUCACCAUUUUUCUCUCCAUGCCCCUUCCUCACAGAAUAAUGUCAUUUCAUGAUGUCACCUAAUGGCGCAGCAGGGAAGUAACUUGCCUAGGGAGCAAGAGGUUGCUGGUUCGAAUCCCCGCUGGUAUGUGUCCCAGACUAUGGGAAACACCUAUAUCGGCAGCAGCAAUCUAGGAAGAUGCUAAAAGGCAUCAUCUCAUACUGCGCGGGAGGAGGCAAUGGUAAACCCCUCCUGUAUUCUACCAAAGAAAACCACAGGGCUCGGUGGUCGCCAGGAGUCGACUCGACCGACUCGACAGCACAACUUUACCUCUACUUUAUGAUGUCAUUAGCCCCAUUUGGUUGUUAAAAGUAAAAGCUCCAUUCACAGUGCAGGAGCCAAGGCGGGUUGGAAGCCCCACCAUGGUGGUGUCACCCCAUCUCCAACCACUCACAGUUACAGCAGUGGUUGUCUGUACAGGGACCCCCUGUAACCGUGAGGGCAGCCUGGGGAGAUCCAGGCUGCUGUUCACAGAAGCGCCUGCUCUCGGUUACAGCGGGUCUCUCUGCAGACAGCCAUCACUGUAACUGUGAGUGGCGGGAGACGCAGGUGAGGGAGUGGGACUUCCUACCUGCUUUGGCUCCUGUAACCCUGAGCAGAGCUUUUACUAUUAACGUCUGGAUGGGGCUAUUAUGUCACUCAGAACAGAGGCUGUGUGGAAGAAGUGGCAGCCCCAAAGAGAUGCAGUCGCCACCGAGAGUCUGUGUUCUCCAGUUUUUCUCUUCCCAUUCUGGCAGGGGGCGGGGGGACCACCACUGAACUGCCACCUCACUUUUGCCACCUGAAAACAGGACAGUGAAGAUGGGGAGGUCGUUUCAACUCACUUUAGCAUGCAGCCAACCCUCUCCUGCAACUGUUCAUUUCAAGGGGGAAUUGGUACUGGUGGUGGGCAGGCUCUCUUUUAGGGAAGCAUGCCUGCCAUUUCUGAUCUCAUUGAACUCUGUAAGCACCCGAGGGAUCUCAGGGUUUCUUGGAGCACAGUUUGAAAACCACUGCCUAAGGCACCAAUGAGUGGGCGCUGAUUCAACAUGGCAGCUGGGUUUUUGGUGUUGCAGUGUUCCUUUUGAUGCAAAGUUCUCUUUGAUGCAUUCUUGUGUAUGGCAUGUUCUCCACACUGCUGUCCUUCUGAAAUUCAAAGCACUUUCCGAAAAGCGAUUGAUUGUAAUGGAGAGCUAGUGUCAGUAAUCUGUCCCCUGAAAGGCAAUUACUGGCAUCCUGUUUUUGGUUGUUGGUUUUUUAAAAAUCUGCUGAAAGAAUGUAGAUCUCUUCAAUCGGUGUCCACACACAGUGCUUGAAAGGUGUAUGGUUUUUGAUGUUUAGUAACCUUGAAUUGUUAUGAAAUCCAAAAGCAUCAGCAGGUAGAUGAGAUCUCCAAAUGAGACCUGUGCCCACUGGGAAUCUUUAAUUGCAGCAAGUUUAUGGCCUUUAUUAAUUGUACAUAAUAUAUAAUUCUUCAGAAAGCAGCAGUUUUGUUCCCAGUGACUAAUGCUCUCCAGCAAAGUUCUUCUUUGUUGAGUGCAGUGAUUCAGGGACACUUCUGAGCACAAAAGGAAGUGUUGAUCCACAUAGAUGUCAUUUCUGUUUUCCACUUAACAGGUGUAUGCAAAGCGCAUCCCAAGAUGGGGUGGGGGGGUGCUGGUACCUCUUCUGAAAAAAUGAAGAUACUUUUUAUAGUGCUGCUCACAGAAUGGAAAGUUAUGACUUUGUAAACUGUAAAUUACACAGAUCUAUUUAUCAUGUUAUUUAUUUUUUCAAUGACUGUGACCUUAUGCACUGUGAAUGCUUUUUGUGAUAUGGGGUUAUUUGUACAGAUCUGUAUGUCAUUUUAAAAAAUCCAAAUGUAAUAAUUUGUUACAGAAUAUUGGCAUGAGCUUUGAUUUAUUUUUAUUGUGAAAAGAGGAAAAAUACAAUAGUUACUAUGAACGGAAGAUUUAUAUUUAAAAUAAACCUAGCAGUCAGUAUUGUAUGGCACUAUAUAUCAACAUAUGUACACUGUCAAUAAAAUAUAUAAGGACAACUUGAAA